AUGGUGCGACUAUUCCUCCCCCGUGAGGUCCUCGAUUUACCCGCCCCUAGAAUCCCUCUCAUUUUUUACUACCACGGUGGCGCCUUUAUUUUCUUCAGUGCCACGUCAUCCAUCUUCCACGAAUUCUGUUCUACCAUGGCUCUCCAACUCCAAGUCCUCAUCGUCUCCCUAGAGUACCGCCUCGCACCCGAACAUCGUCUCCCUGCGGCUUAUGCCGACGCCGUGGAUGCGUUGCACUGGAUUAAAACCACCAAAGAAGAGUGGAUCGUAAAAUUCGCUGAUCUUUCCAAUUGUUUCUUAAUGGGUACGAGUGCCGGUGGGAACCUGGCUUACCAUGCUGGGCUUCGCGCUUGUGAAGUGAGUGAUCAUCUUGACCCUCUGAAAAUCAAAGGGCUGAUAUUGCACCAUCCGUUCUUUGGUGGGUCCGAGAGGACCGGGUCGGAGAUGGUGAUGGAGGAUGACCCCAUUUUGCCACCUCGCGUCUGUGAUGCCGCGUGGAAAUGGGUGUUGCCUCUGGGCGCAGACCGUGACCAUGAGUAUUGCAAUCCGGCCGGUAGUAAAGAAUUCGAGCGUUGCGUUGCGAUUCGGGUAAUGGGUUGUCGGGUAUUGGUUGCGGGUUGUUUCGGGGACCCGUUGAUUGACCGUCAGAUGGGGUUGGGGAAGAUGUUAGAGGGGAAAGGUGUACAGACAAUGACCCAUUUUGACAAUGGUUUUCAUGGUUUGGAGGUAUCUGACCCGUCCAAAGCCCCAGCCUUGUUUAUCGUCUUGAGAAACUUCAUAUAUGAAUUAUAA